GACGGACGAUGCUUACAGCCAUCUGACUGCCAGAGGAAACGACUGACUACAUGAGAAGGGCGCAAGAGAGUACAGACUCCUCUCGUUCUAGGUACAUCGCGGUCGCUAAGGGGCACAUUCGAAUUCCAGCUGAAGUCUGAAUUCCGUUGGAUUCGGCGUGGUAGUCCCUGCCUCAGCUCAGCCCAGGCUGGGCGGCCAUAUCCUGGUCGGGAGCUGCUCGACGGCUGAAACUCCGUGGUUGAGAGGAAAUCGAGACGCGGAAGACUGAAAGGCAGAGGGCGAGAAAGGAGGCGGAAGGGAGCGGCGAGUGUAAAAAAAAAGGGAUGGGUGGGAGGCAGCCAGCGGAAGGCGAGGUGGAGAGCGUGUUGGGGCAGGAGGUGACGCACGGCUACGUGGCCAACGGCGACGUCAGCCUGCACUUCGUGCACUGCGGGGACCCGCGCGGCCCGCUGGUGCUGUGCUUGCACGGCUUCCCGUCGUUCUGGUACACGUGGAAGCACCAGCUCCGCUUCUUCGCCAGCCGCGGCUACCACGUGGUGGCGCCGGACCUGAGGGGCUACAGCUGGUCCGGCAAGCCUGCGGACGUGGCGGCGUACG